AUGAGUAGCUGUACUGCUGUCCUAACCGUCUGCCUGAUCCUGGUAAGACUGACUGCAGCUCUACAGGCCUGCACCUCCCCAGAGGGACCAGGCGUCUGCAGCUGUAGUGGUACAUGGGUUAGCUGUAGCAGCAGAAACCUAUCUUUAGUUCCUGAUGACAUUCCAGCAUCUACAACAGGUCUAUCACUCUCAUACAAUCAGAUAACUACAAUCGAAAAUGGAAAAAAACUUACAUCCCUUCGCCUCGAUUCUAACAAACUGACAAUAUUACCCAGUACCACGUUUGCAACAUUAAACAGCAUUAGAGUACUAGACCUUUCUAAUAACCAAAUAACAACUUUGGACCGUGACACAUUUGUUGGAGCUACUCUAGAAGUUCAUUUCAAUCUGAAUAACAACCCCUGGUCCUGUGACUGCCGCAUGAGAGAAAUUCUCAACUGUCCACUCUUGAACGGAAUCAUCUGCCAGUCUCCACCUGCCUUGAGUGGUUUAAGUUUAGCCUCCCUCAGCCGAGACAACCUGACGUGUCAUAGUCCUAAUAUCACCCACACCAGCUCCACAUUGUACCAGGCUGCAGUAGGAGAGACUGUGACCCUGUACUGUAAUGCAACAGGCCUCAACCGCCCCACACUCACAUGGUCAUGGACACCGGUUCAACCUAGCAGUGCACCAACAGACAGGCCACAUUACCAAGUCAGCACAACAAAACUGGACUACAACAGUGCAGAAUCUACCCUGAUCAUUAAACGUGUAGAGAUGAGUAACCAGGGGCAUUACAUUUGUCAUGCAGCAAACGCUGCCGGCUUCAUUUUAGCCAGAACCAAACCAGAGAACCAGUAUUACCGGAUGGCGGCCAAGAUGGAAGACCAGAAGCGGCUAUUCGCAACCACAGACAACAGGAAGGACCCGGGAUCGCAGCAGACCAGAGUGCAGAUGCUGGAGCAAGAACGAGUCAUCUGUAUCAGGACCUUCGUCAAGGGAAUCAAGACCACGUCUACACGUCACUGA